AUGGCAAACCCUCACUGGUUCCCACCGACGUCAUCACAAUCACGCGAUGGUAAACCCUCACUGGUUCCCACCGAAGUCAUCACAGUCACACGAUGGCAAACUUUUUUCACUGGUUCCCACCGACGUCAUCACAGUCACGCGAUGGCAAACCCUUACUGGUUCUCACUGACGCAAUCACGGGCACGUGAUGGCAAACCCUUACUGGUUUCCACCGAUAUGAUCAUGGAUAGUGUCUUGGCAAAUCCACCUGAUUCCCAAGAACACCUAACAGAUACGCCUUGGCGAACAUACUUGGUUCCCAAGGGCGCGUUCACAGAUUUCUAG